CAUCGAGCAUCGAGGAAAAGCACUACUAGUCCUGGUACCUGACACAAAACCCACCCAACAAACCCUUUCCGUUCGACAACGCAACAAACCCGCAAGAGACCCGCAACACACUCGCACAAAGUCAAACACUCGCAACAUGAAAUUCGCGGCCUGCAGCACGAUGGUGCUCCUGGCGGCAUCGUCCUCCGGCGUCCGCGCCAACAGCGCCGCCAUCGCGGACCUUCCGGGCAAGCUGGUCGACGGGGUCCGCCGCCACCUGAACCUCAACGGAAUCCUGGGAAGCCCGACCCGGCCCACAAACUCGGCCUCGCACUCCCCCUACGAGAAGAUCAUGGGCCACCCCGUCUUCCAGGUCACCACCUCCUGGGGAUCGGCCUACAUGAACAUGGAGGAGCUGAGCCAGGACGACGAGGACGCUUCAGCCGGCGCCGAAAGCGAGGGCAGCAUGCUCGGUGUCGCCAAGAGCGGCGACGAGGCCGCGGGCAUCCGAAAGGACCGGUACCGGACCAUCAGUCUGUACUACAUGGACCCGGACGACGCCAUUGGUGCCCACGCCGAGUUCAAGCAGAUGGACGGCAUGAAGGACGCGGACGUUCGCAUCACGAGCGUCUCGCUGGCAAAGGCCGUUCGGUCUGCCUGCAACCUCGGCAACGGACUGCUGACGGGACAGCCCAUCGACUUUCACAAGGGGACCGUCCUGCCCACCAAGGAGGGAGGCUCCCUCCGCCACAAGAUCCUCCCGCCCAAGAAGCAGCUGUACUACGCGGCCUUUUGCCGCGGAAAGGAGCGCAUCGGCCUCUUCUCCGACUCGAGCGACGAGAAGGAGUCCCAGAAGGACCACGCCUCGGCCGCCGUCAUCGGAAACGCUGCCCUGGCCUAUAGAAAUGCCCAGCGCAAGCAGGCGAUCCGAGACCGCAAACUGGCCUACAAACCCAAGAACCAGCUGGAGGCCGACUACGCGCACAUGGACGGGAACCUCGGGAUCCCCGUGUUUUACGUCCCCGGAAUGGAACGCCGCAGAUUCCGCAUCAAGUCGCUGGUCAGCGGGGGCGUCCGCAAGGAGAUCCCCCUCUUUUUCAACUACGAGGACCUGCAGGAGGCCUGGCAGAAGACCAAGCCGAUCGGUGGCGACAAGGACACCUACCUGCCGAACGAACCCCAGGGAGUAGAGGUCUUCAAUCUUUGGGACGUUCUCACCUCCAUGGAAAAGGAACAGGACAAGAUGGCACAGAAACGCGCGAAGGAAUCCCCCCAGAACCGGCUCGUGCAGAGCCUUUCUCAGCCCUUCCGAAACCGGUUCCGCAACCUGGUGGACAGCGACGACGAGGCCGCCAUGCUGGACGGGAUCGUCUUCAUUCCAUCGAGCGAUGCCUGCACCUACAAGGAAGGCAUCACGGCUCGCGGGAACGGCAAGGCCCGAUUGCGGCCGAUGCGUUAGAUGCUACGAAACAACAUAAUAGUAUUGUACUAAGAAACAAAGAAUAGUUUU